UGAUACUUGUCUAGUCCAAAAUCUUCAGAGCCCAGUUGAAGAAGAAGAAAGCUUCUUGUUUUUGAAAAGAAAAUUUGAAUCUUUGAUCUUUUAAUAGAAUUGGUAAAAAACCCACAAUUAAAAUUGGUAAAAUACCACAAUUAAUUCUAUCGGCAUAUCUAAAAUUAGAAUUUUAUCCUAAAUUUUGUUGCUUUCCGGAAACUGACUAAACUACCCGGAGUCUGUAAUCAUUCAACUCAUGGAUAUCCCUUCUCGUUCUUCGCACCUUAAAAUUUUCCCGCACUUCCGCUCUUCCGCUCAGCUGGUUUCUACCCAUGUUUCCUUUGUUUUCCGCAAAAAACCUCGUGAUAAGAAUCUUAAACUCAUUGCAAGAGCUCUAAGUGAGUGGCAUGAGUACGAGGAUGCAGUGAAGCGAAAGGACCUAGCUAGAGCUCUCAGAUUCUUGAGAUCCCUAGAAGCCGAUAAGAAUAAGGAUAAUUCAGCUGAGAAGAUUAAUGGGUUCUUAUCUUCUGGGCCGACUCAGUCUGGUGUCAGUGAUUUGGGAUUGUUUGACGGCUCACAAAGGGAUUGGGAGGUUUUGGACACUUGUUUGAAUGCUGAUGAUAUGAGGCUUGUGGGUAGUGCUUAUGGGUUCCUCAAGAACAGAGGUUUCUUACCCAGUUUUGGAAAAUUCAGCAACAUCGUUUUGGAGGGACCCAGAGAUAUGUCACCGACUGUCUUCAAGUCUUCAACAGGUUUAGAAGUGUCUAAAUUUGCUCCAAAGAAGUGGGGCCUUUCUGGAUCUUCAAGAUUUGCAUUGGUUGCUUUUCUGGGCGGUGUAUCUUUUCUUCUUUCACAAGGGAUUGAUAUCAGAACUAACCUUGCAGCCACUUUAGGACUAGCCCUUAUGGACUCUAUUUUCCUUGGAGGUACCUGUUUAGCUCAAAUCUCAAGUUUAUGGCCUCCAUACAAGCGUCGAAUUUUAAUUCAUGAAGCAGGUCAUCUUUUGGUUGCAUAUCUCAUGGGUUGCCCAAUUCGUGGUGUGAUUUUGGACCCAAUUAUUGCGAUGCAAAUGGGCAUUCAAGGCCAGGCAGGAACUCAGUUUUGGGAUGAAAAGAUGAGUAAUGAGCUUGCUGAAGGACGACUCAGUGGCACUACCUUUGACAGGUACUGCAUGGUUCUUUUUGCUGGCAUUGCAGCUGAGGCUCUUGUUUAUGGAGAGGCAGAAGGUGGAGAAAAUGAUGAAAAUCUGUUUAGGAGCAUCUGUGUUCUCAUGAAACCCCCAUUAUCUGUAGCCCAGAUGUCAAAUCAAGCAAGGUGGUCAGUUAUGCAGUCAUACAAUCUACUAAAAUGGCAGAGGCAUGCUCAUCGUGCUGCUGUUAAAGCUCUGGAAAGUGGUUGUAGUUUGAGUGUUGUAAUUAGGAGAAUUGAAGAAGCUAUGUCUUCUGGACAAGCUGGGAUAGGCUGCUAAAGACCUGAAGCCAUAUUGGUUGCAUAUUCUCUCGCAGCUUGUCUAUCCUGAUUAAAUAGUCUUGCUUUACGGCUGAUAUCAACAAUAGGAUGGUGGGAAGAGGAUGAUGCUUCGUCGCCCCAAUGAUUUCCCCAACAAAACAUAAACAAUAGGCUGGUCAAUAGAAGGAAAGCAGGCAGAAUCUCGGGGCACUCGUACCGUACUUUUUCAUCAAGGGGUUCCAGAAAUUUACCUGAAGGAUGACACCUCCCUCAAAAUUGAGCAUCAACUGGGAUUAUGUAAAACACCAAAAGGCCCAAAUGAAUGCUAUUGUGGAAGGUGGGGGUAGAGCUUGGAGAGGCUUUAAGUUAAUGGACUGGCGGCAACUUGCAUGGAUCUGAUUUUUCCCCUGCAAGUAUGUUUAAUAUGAUCUUUAGUUAAUGUAACAUGUGCAGGUCAACAUUAAAUUGAUUAAUCAUAUUCCAAUGUUCAAAAUUAAA